AUGGCCAAACGUAGACAGAAAACUAGAACGCAUGUCAAACCAGAUUUUGAAGAAUCCAAAAAGAUCCCAAAGUCCAUGGUCAUCCGUGUGGGACAAACUUCCAUGUCCAACCAUUCUUUGAACCAGUUGGUCAAGGAUUUCCGUCAAAUCAUGCAACCACAUACAGCUAUCAAGUUGAAAGAGCGCAAGUCCAACAAACUUAAGGAUUUCGUGGUGAUGUGCGGUCCGCUGGGCGUUUCGCACCUGUUCAUGUUCACGCAAAGCGAGAAAACCGGGAACGUCUCGCUGAAAAUGGCUAGAACUCCUCAUGGACCCACAAUCACAUACCAGGUUUUGGAUUACUCACUGGGAAGAGACAUAAAAAAGUUUAUGAAGAGGCCUCGCACUUUGGGAAAAGAAGACGUUAUGAACCCUCCACUACUCGUACUUAACGGUUUUGGUAUCAAGCCUCCUGCCGAUGAAAAUAGUAAAGGCGACAAUCAAGAUAAAUCUAGUGAUGCGCUAGAACGCGCAAACGUCGAAAAAGUCGUCAUUUCCAUGUUCCAGAACAUAUUUCCACCUUUAAAUCCAGCCAGAACUCAGCUAAGCUCGAUCAGCAGAGUUUUCAUGAUCAACAAAGAUCCUGUAACGGAAGAGAUCAGUAUGCGCCACUAUGCAGUCGACGUGAGAGAAGUCGACAUCUCUAGAAACAUCAAACGUCUGUAUCGGGCCAAAAACAAGCUAAACAAACCUGUGCCCAAUCUUCAUAAAAAAGACGACAUCGCAUCGCUCAUUUUGGACCAUGAUGUCGGAGCAUACACUUCAGAAAGUGAAGUCGAAGACGAUUCCAUCGUUAAAGUCAUGGACAGAGGCCAAGCUCCUGUCAAGUCAAACGCCGUAUCUUCUGAUGCUGCCAGCACAACAAACAAUGGCGAACAAAAUGCUGAACAAUCCAUGCCGCGCAAAAAGGCCAUUAAACUGACUGAAGUUGGUCCUAGGCUCACCUUAAAACUCGUCAAGAUCGAAGAAGACAUAUGUUCUGGUAAGGUGUUGCAUCAUAGCUAUGUCAAAAAGACCGACUCCGAGAUAAGAAGUCUGGAAAAGAGACACGCACAACGUAUGAAGCUCAAGGAAGAAAGACGCAAAGAACAGGAGGCUAAUCUGGCAAGGAAGAACGAAGUCAAAGAUGCUAAAAAGCAGCGUAAACUGGAGAGAAGGAAGCUAAGGGAGCAACUAGAAAAGGGAGAGGCUGGUGAAGUUGAUCAAGCUACGCAGGACGCCCUUGAAUCAUCGGGUAGCGAUGGUGAAGGCUAUAGUGAUAUUCCCGAGGAUCUGGACAGCGAUCUCUAUAGUGACGUGGAAAUGAGCUAA